UUUAGAUAAGGUGAAUAAGCCCAGUAAGUCAGGUGUCUCGCUCGCGAGGAAGGUAGUGUGGUUCCAGCACCGUUCAGAGGUACCGUUACAGGUGGUUACUCCGCGUCCACGUUCACGUCAGCGACAACGAGUACUUGGGAAGUCUACCAAGUCCAAGCGGUUCGUUGGUGAUUAUGUGAGUGCGAGUUUUCCGAAUUCUGGACUAGUGGGAAAUUCGUGGACAGUUUCUUAGUGUAGAUUAUUUCAGAAGCAAAGGUACCAAAUGGCCAGCAAAUUCUUUCUCGUUCUAGUCAUCGUGAACUGCAUUGGCCAGUCGUUGCAGGACACAAAAAACAACAAAAUCAAGGAAGAUGAGUCCAAUCCGUACGCAGACGCAGUAUCGGAAGUGUUGAAAAAACAGAACGUUGAAAAUCUCGGAGCGAUGUUCCAGAAUUUUCUGGAAGGCGAAGGCGCUAAUUUGAUCGGUGAUGUGCUUUCUAAUGUUGGAAAAGCGAAUGCUGGUCAGCUUCUGCAAGGAUUGGGGUCUUUAGUGGGUGACAAUCAGAAGAAAUCGAAUGAUGAUGGAGAAGACAACGCUGCAAACCUGCUCCAAGGCCUGGGCGCCCUAAUGGGAGCCUUCCAAGGAGCAGCAGGAGGAAGAGGAGCAGAUGGCGGGGGAGCCCUACUCCAAGGCUUAGGCUCCCUAUUAGGCGGCCAGGAAGGCCAAGGAGGAAUAGACCCUGCCAUGAUAGGAUCUCUGGUGAACAUGUUCGCCCAGACGCAGGACAAACCCAAAAAGGCGAAGGCCUCCAAGAAAUCCGGCCAGAAGAGCAAAGGCAAAUCCGCCCCGGAGUUCGAUUUAGGCAGCUUGGUGUCGAUGGCGAGCAAUUUCCUGGGCAAAGGGACAGGCAAGUCGGGAGAAGGGAACUUCUUGGACUAUCUACCGCUGAUCAUGCAGACCAUCAGCGCCUUUUCAGGGCCAGAGGCUCACAAGAGGGCGAAACGCCACGAAGAGCACUCUUGGGCUCUGCCUCCUCUUCUAGAAAAGGCGCACAUCAUGUUCGAUCUGUUCAUCCACUCGGAGAUGGGGAAGUACGUGAUUAGUGCCCUUGGGGCAGAGAAGACCUUCAAGGUUUUCACGGACGAGGAGGGGAAGUUCAGCUACCAGAAGUUCGGGGAGAUGAUGGAGAAUCAUUCGUUCAGAAGGCACUGGAUUCGGAUGAUCACGGACAGGGUGGCGGAGUUUCUGCAUUACGCUUCUGAUCCCAAGGUUUAUAAAGCAUAUUUCUCCAGCGGUCAAUUAUUCUUGAACAGCUACUUGAAGAUGCAGGGCUUCCCCAAAGCAGCCAUGUUUGACCCUGCAAGGCCAGUUCAAACCAUCACCGCCUUCUCGAAUCACGUUGCCAAAAAGUACUUCGAAGUCGACAUCGACUCCAAGGAGUACGUUGAACCCGCUGUUGCUUAUAUCCAGGACUUGUUACGUCUGGCAGAAAACUAUGGAUCGGUCCGCGACUCUAGCAACUCCAAAGAAUUAGCAGACAAAUUAGCAGAUACAAUCAACAUGGAGAUUAUUGAACCUUUGGCAAGGGUCAAUAGGGCAUAUCGAUUCUCCAAAGUAGUCCCACAAUGUGAAAGGUGAGAAUUAUUGAGGAAUUA